AAAAAAAUAAAACUCUCCAUCACUCUCUCUCUCUCUCCCUACGACGAACUCCGCUAUGUUCACUUUCUCUAGCGAACUCCUCUCUGUUCACUUUCUCCGGCGAACUCCUCCUCCUCUCUCUCUCUCUCUCUCUCCUGACGUUCAGAUCUGUUCACUUCCUUCUCUCUCUCACGUCCAGAUCUGUGAGAUUCACAUCCUCAGGCACUUUCAAAGACUCCUUCACACUCUCUCUCUCUUUCAGCUCCACAUCAGGCGAGGCGGGCGAUCUCAAGCAUGGCAGGCGAUCGAAGUAUCGAAUAUUCCACAAUGUGUUGGAGGAUGGAUUUCAUGAAAUAUUGACAAAAACUCAUUUGAGGUUAGGAGGACCUUCCUGGUGCAGUUCAUGUUGUUGUCUUUUUUAGGUGAAUUGAUUAUUUUCAUGGUUUUGCUAUACUUUAAUUGGUUUUGGAUUGAAUUUAUGUGGCUUACUUAAAUUAGUUGAAGUGUUAGCAGUUGAUUUAUAUUAUUAGUUGAAACUGUGUAAGUUUUGCAGCCUAGCAUGAGCCAAUUAUAAUGUAAUUGGUCAUUUGGUUUUUGAGUCUUAUUUAAUGUGUUAUUCAGUGUUCUAUUCGAUCAUUUGGUUUUGAAAUUGAGUAAUGUGUAAUACGAUUGUUCAUUUGGAGUAAUAUAUAUUUGCUUGGUGUUGAUAAAGUGAUGCUAGCAUAUUUUUAUGGUAGAAUAAUUGAAUUUGGAAUUUUAAUGCUUUUUUUAAAAUGGAAAUUUUUGAGCCAUUGCAACCAACUGUUUUUUUUCUUUGCAUUACUUUUCUGUUCCUGGGCUCAUUGAUAUUGUCAAGUUUACGGAAGAUUGUUGUUUUUUU